CUCAGGCUGGCCUUUGCGGACUCGCACUUGAAUCCUUCAUUACAUUUGUACCUCUGUUCCGCUUUUCUAAUCGCGGUUUUUGUGCACUCUUGGUGACUGUAUCGCUACAUCUGCUUCGAAAAUCCAUCUUGUAUUCGUAAGCUAUGGCUAGAGGGAACAAAAAUUACGCUCGUGGUGGCUUCCGCGAGUCUUCCAACGACAUGCUUAGAGGGCGAGGAAGAGGAGGAGGACGGGGAGGAAGAGGCUAUAGCCGAGGCCGAGGAGGUCCCCCGUACAUGGAUGAAUUUGACCUCCCUAUCCAGCAGUGGCCGAGCAAUGAGCCUCCUGCUACACCUCCUCCUCGCGGUCGCGGUCGAGGUCAUUGGACCCCUCGGGGCAACGGGACGCCUCGAGGUGGUGGAAGAGGACGAGGACGAGGACGAGGCUCAUCUCCGCUUCCUUACAACGUCUUUCACAAUUCUCGACGGGGGCUAGGAUCUCCCCAGGAAAGCGGCAGAGGGAGGGGAGAUCGUACAGAUAGCCCCCUCCCCUACGGUCGCGGACGCAAUUUGCCUGCCAAGCUGAGGGCGGGCGUGCCGCUGUCCAAACUCUUGCAUGAAGAUAGGCCUCUGCUAAAGCCCAUCAUUUUCGUGCGCUCUGUUCACACUGCAACGCUCUUUGAGAAAGAGGACGAUAUAUUUCUGCCUGUGGCAGAGCCGACUGUCGAUGGGAACGAGCAAAGUCAUGUCCCCACUGCAAAUGCUGUCUCGCGCGUGUUCAGCACAACAGAGGGAAAAGCACAAGCCGAUCUCUCUGGAGAAGAGGAAGAGCAGCUGGAAGAGAUCGACUUCGCGGAUAUCGGCAGAAUCCAGGCUGAGGUUGACGCCGCAGCGGCAAACUCGCAAGUUGUCCCCUCAGCAGUGUCAACAACAAUCACAGAGUUGACGACUUUCUUCGUCGACACCACGCCUGCACCGGUCUCUACAAACUCUACGACGAAUCGUAUACAAGUGAACAAGUUGGAUGGGGCUCUUGGAGGAGCAGCGGUGGACGACGACGAAGAAGUCAUCGUUUACGUCGCCCCUCAUCCGCGCACCGGGAAGUCUACUCCCCAGAACGUAUCCCCUCCCAUUGUACCUCUUCCUUCCACGUCCAUCCUGACAGGUGUAGCGAUUGGCCCCCCUACUCUCCCAGCGGAUGGGCCCUCCGCCACCAGGCAGGAGCGGCGAAGCAGUCCUGCGAUGCCCGCAGUCACAAGCUCCUCUCAGGCCGACACUCAACCACAGGCGACCUUCUCGCUCGAAAUGGGUACUCUCUACCCCGAAUCAGCUCCACCCUCUGCUGAAUUCAAUCCGUCGCCUGACGCCACCGAGCUGCCCCCUCCACCAUCCUUCGACUCCGUCUCGUUCGCAUUCGCGAAGACGGCCACGACCGUGAAGAAGCAGUCUCGUCGUCUCCACCCCGUCGGGACACCGCGCGCGCUGCUCAAGCGUUCUCGUCACCCUCGGCGGAAGCCGCUGCGCGGGUUCGGGUCGUUCGGCGCCGCGCACGAGGAAGCGAUGCUCCGUGAGGUCGACCCGCGCCGCGACGAGCAGCGCCGGGGCGACUCGGACGUCAACUGGGGUACGUCGGACGAGGACGAUGGCGGCGACGGCGUGGACGCGCUCUCGGCGGAUAUGGGCGGUAUGGAGCUGGACGGGGGCAUCGACUUGGACGCGAUGAAGCGGUUUGUGCAUGGCAUGAGCGCGCAGGGGUCCGCACACGUUACCAUGGACGACGUUGCGGACAUCGAGCGGAUGAAGCGGGAGGAUGAGGAGGAGGAGCGGCGAGGCCCGGAGUCUGCUGAUGAGGAGGACGAGGAGGACGAAGAGGAACGGGCGGAGGCGGGCGCCGCUGGUGCCUCUAGCGAGCGCACGGACGAGGAGGAUGAAAGCGAUGAAGAAGACGAAGAGAUUGAAGCGGUACUGAAUGCGGAAGAGGAGUUGCUCAUAGCAGAGACGAUGGUUGGUGAAGAGGACGAAGACGAGAACUCAGAGGAUGAGGGCUCCGAGGACGAGGACGAGGACGAGGACGAGACGCCGCGACGAGGUUUCCAAGCCCGUCUUGAGCGGUUGCGCGCAAGCACCAGCAAGGGCAAAGGCAAGGCUAAGGCUACCGAAGAUUCAAGUGACGACGAGGCCAUGUCAGUGCAGAUGACUUGGGCAGAUGAAGACGAGGAAUGGCUGGCCUACAUUGACGACAUACUGGACGAGAACGCGCACAUACUGGGAACUGGCAGCAGGAAAGCGAGGAAGUACAUGUUCAAGGCCAUCCAGAACGGCAGUUUCGAUUUCGACGAUGGCAUGCUCUUCGUAGCGUCAAAGCCCGCUAGGCGUCGCAAGGACAAGGGGAACGACCUCCCUCCCGAGCUCCACGAGCAAUGGGAGAAAGACCGCCAAAAGAAGGCCGAGAACAAGCGAAGGCGCGCGGAGGAACGCCAGAAGCUCGCCGCAGACCCCCUGGCCGCACACAAGGGGGGCAAGAAGGGCCGCAAGGCCAUGCUCGCGGCCGCGCGCGCCGCGGACGAGCUGCCGAACCGCGUCGUCGACUUCGUCUCGCUCGAGCAGCAGAUCCGGCGGUUCCUCGAGGACAUCGGCGGACGCGACACCAUGGUCCUCCCCCCGUGCGACAAGGAGACGCGUAAGCGCGUGCACGACCUCGCCGGGGCGUUCAACCUGAAGAGCCAGAGCAAGGGGAGCGGCAGCGAGCGGUACACGACGCUGAUCAAAACGUCGAAGAGCGGUCUCGGCGUCAAGGAGGGCAAGAUUCGGGCCAUCAUGAGGAAGGCGACGGACGGGGCCUGGGACGCCCCGGCGGCGUGGGGCAAGGGGAGGGGGAGGACCACGGCGAACCUCGCGAAGCACCGCGAGGGCGAGGAAGUGGGCAAGGACGCGGCGAAGAUCGGCGAGUCGAACAUCGGCUUCAAGAUGCUCGCCGCCAUGGGCUGGUCCGACGGGAACCGCAUCGGGCUCUCUGGCGGCCUGGACGCUCCGCUCACGGCCAUCAUGAAGAAGACGAAGCUGGGGCUGGGCGCGACGAUGUGAGCUGGUGGCUUUCACGGGCAAUUGUCUGGUUUUCUCGUGCGUGUGCUCGCUGUGCAGGGACGUACCGCAUGGUGAUGUUUGUUUCGUCUGUCUGACACGACGAUACAUAGUAGCUACCGAAGUGGGGCGGCGACUCGCUUUAGCCUGCGUCGCGGACGUGGCCGUGAGAGCGGGUCUGAGAUUGCGACAUUUGUGCUGUUGGGGUCGGUCUGUUUUCGGAUAUAUUGCACCGUCGAAGCUGCAGGAGCUGCUGAUGCCGGCGGUUGGAGAUGUGAACCGCAGAUAGUUCCUACAACAUUGCCGCAUAUGGCUCAGAGAUGUUCUUCUGUGGACUUCGCCCAAUUCCCGUACGAGCUGAGAGCUAUCCAUAUAUGAUUGUUUUCCGCUCAAGUCUCCUUAACCAGGAGGCAGCGGCGUGAG